UUUCCGGGGAGUAGUUUGCUUCGUCUUCGACCACUGCCUCUCUGUAUUCCAUUCCGUGACGACGUGAUUAGACGACGAGAAGAUGAACAAAUUUCUGACGCUAGUACUUCUUGCUACAUACACUGCAGCAGGACCUACAGACGUACAACCAUCUCAGAAUCUGAAUUGUGUGGAGUACGACAAUGCGUUCUUCAGCUGCAUGUUCGUGAAGACUAUCGGUGUUCUUAACAGAGCGACUCGAUCGAGCAACAUUGAAAUCAUUGAUGGUGUGACUUUCGUACGAGAUACUCCGAUGGAGCGCCAUAGUAGGAAUUUAGAAAUGAAUGAAAAGAAAAUCAUGAAUGAACUACCAUACGAUAGCACCGAUAGAGUAAUAAAACUUUUGAAUAUGCUGUACGAUUCCACUGUCUCUUUUACGAAGAGCCAUAGUUUGAAAUUUGACAUGCCCGAAGGUUCAAUUUCUCGCGCCUUGACUGAAGGACGCGCCAAGAUCAAGAAAGUAUUUCUGCCAUUUAUUGCUGCAGCGGGUCUCAAGCUCUUCGCAUUUGCACCGCUCUUGCUUUUUGGCUUAGGUCUGCUAACUGUAAAAGCUUUAAUCUUCGGUAAACUUGCCUUACUUGCUACCGGCUACGUGGUAUUACAGAAGCUUUUUAGCGGUAGCAGUGUGGGUAGUUUCUUUAAUAAAAAUCCUGGACCUCCUUUGUAUGACUACGGCGCUGGUAAUUGGCCCGCUGGAUCCCAGCAACAAGGAUACUACAGAAACUUCAAUGCUGAUUCGAAAAUGGACGCCCAAAAUUUGGCAUAUCCUGCUCACGUACCGAAUGCCGUACCGAAUAAUUAAGACAUUUUUGUUAUCUGCCAUUGAGAAACUUCGAAGCCAUAUCUCACGGAGCCAAAAAACUUUUUUGAGGCCAUUGGACCCACCUACGACUAGAUUAUUAGUAUUUAUA